AUGGCUGAAGAAGAUUUUGAGAUCGAUAUCUACGGCGAUGAGAGCAACGACCAUCAACAAGAUGCCCACCGAGGCGAUGACAAUAACCAGGGUCAUCACCAAGGCGAUGAUCGAAGGGAUAGCCAUGGCGACCAGAACAUGGAAGAGUACCAUGCCGACAACCACCACCAUGCGGGGGGCAGCCACGAUUCAAGUCAUCAUCAAGCGCAUGGCUCUCAACAAGGGACCAAGAGGAAACAGGAGGAUGAUGGCCGACCAGUUGACCAAUCUGCCACAACUGCGCUCAUGAUCUCGGAACUUAACUGGUGGAACACAGAUGAUGACAUUCGAGGUUGGGCGCGAGAAGCCGAUUGCGAAGAUGAGAUUAAGGAUAUCACUUUCAGCGAACACAAGGUCAAUGGCAAAAGCAAGGGCCAAGCUUAUAUCGAGUUCUACUCGCCUCAAGCAUCUACUGCCACUAAGCGUCGUAUCGAACAGAUUCUAGCUGAAGGUCAAGGGGCCCAGAAGAAGCUCACCUUGACCUACUGGGCCACUACCAACAACCCCUUCAAAACCCUCCCCAAAGAUGCCCCUGCCAGAGGCAAGGAUCAAAGCCGUGCACCAUCCGGCUCAUACAACAAUGACCGAGGCGGCCAUAUGGGCGGUAACUUUGGUGGUGGUUUCCGAGGAGGAAGGGGUGGCGGCUACAACCGUGGCGGUAUGACCCAAGGUGGUUACAAUCGCAACUUCAACAACAACAAUAUGGGUGGUUACAAUAACAUGGGAGGUGGAUACAAUGGACCCAUGGGCGGUGGCGGUGGUGGUAACUUUGGCUUCAACAACCGCGGAGGUAUGAUGGGAGGGGGCAUGCGCGGAGGCCCUGGUGGUAUGCGAGGUGGUCGAGGAGGCAUGAUGGGUAUGAAUCCUAUGGGUGGGAUGCCUAUGGGUAUGCCUGGAAACAUGGGCAUGGGCAUGAUGGGACCUAACGGUAUGCCUGGCUUCCAAGGCAUGCCUCCCAACUUCAACCCCGGCUUUGGCUUCAACCAGAACCAGGGCGGCGGCGACUGGGGCAACCCGCAUGGGGCGAAGAGACCACGACCAGAGUAG